AUGUUUUUUCCGGUGAGACCUAACAGCGCCCGCAAUCGCUCAACCAAAUCUUCCUCGACCUCCAAAAACAAACAGCAGAAGCGGCCGUCCCAGACUCGCUCCUCCCGCUCUGCAACCAAGGAUCUCGAGCCCGACGAACCCACGGUUCGUACCUCCACCCCCUCGCCCUCAGAAAGCGCUGCCCCACGCCGCUCCUCGAUGCCGGGUCUUGACGCCGCAGCUCGACCCGGGACGGCCUCCUUCUUGGAAUCGAGGACGAGCCUUCCAUAUCCCACCUUCUCCAAAGCCCACAGCAAGGAGGAUGUCCGCACGCGCGAAAUUCCCACUCCGGACCCGACCGACCUGACGGAACAUCAAGAUAGUGGGAAUGCCAAUGGAACAAGUCAUAAUCGUACCGAAAAUAACCAUGCCCCUCCCAGCCCCCCAUUGACGGGCCUCGACCAGGAAGAGCCCUCUUUGAAAGAAAGUGUACUUGAUGUGAAGGAAGAGGAACAUGAAAGGGGCACAGAGAAGGCGAAACCCAGGAAAACAACAAUCAAGAUCAAGUCAUCGGGUGUUAAUAGGUCGUCAUCGAGCCUUCGGUCUAAGAAAGAUGAGACGACCAAAUCCAGCAAAUCGGCACGGGCGGAUACUCCGAAGUCGAAGUCCAAGACGGAGUCUAAACCGGAGAGCAAAUCGUCCCCUAGAACUACUCAAAAAUCAUCCAAGAGCAAGCUUUCUUCGGAUGAGAACAAACUACCAAAACGCACCAGUCGUUCUGCGAUUUCGGCUUCGCAAUCAAGCAUACGUGAUGCUGAAUCGAGUAUAGGAUCAGAUGCCACCUCCGUUGCUCCCAAUCAACAAUAUAUCGCCCCGCGGAAACUGAUGACCCCUCCAACGAAACCACCAUCUCGCACCCAGAUUCGGUCGACUACUUCCCAUCGCCAUACCCCUAGUGAUGACUCCAUCGAUUACGGAAGUCCCGCAAUGGCCUCUCAAGGAUUUGGGGCGCCGCCGCCGCCGCCUCCUCCUCCGGAGGUACCCGUGUCCAUUCCACGGGUCGAUUAUCUGCUCCAACAUGGCGGUUUGGAACAUCGCGUACCACGAACCCUGCUUCCUAUACCCGCUGUUCCAGAUCCUUUCUCCCAGCCGACUACUCAGUCCCGCCAGGCAGCUGCUAAGGUAUUCGAUCCAUUCAAUAGCCUGCUUGAUGACUAUCAAAAGGUGAUGAACAAGAAUGGUUCAUUGGCGGUGGCGACAGGCUAUCGUUCAGUUGCACGGCGGCUUUUAGACCGAUUAGAAGCCGUCUUCGCCCGCGAUAUAUCUUCGGAACCAUGCAAUUGUUUGAUGUGUGAGCGUGCCGAUAUCGAAGACCGACCCGAGGGAGUCAGCUGGGGAGAGGUACUGGAACUGGUUUCGGGCCGUCGUGAAUUACCCAUGUGGCCGCCCUUCGUAAUGGCCGCGUCCUCUGCAGAUACCGAUGUUCCGACUGAGGAACAUAUUCCGAUGCAGAAGCUCGAUGUCGAUGUCCCUGAAGAAUAUCGCGAGCACUUCAUUCGACAAUCUCGCAAGACCAAGGUCGCGGUGGACAAAUGGCUAUCUGAACAAACUGACCAGGCUAGUAGUGCCCCAGACGAAGUCGACGAUGAAACAUUGACCUUUGCGAUGCUCACGCAUCUGGAAUCUCAUCACCGCUCGUUGUUUUGUGCUUUGCUUGGUAUCACUUCCUCAACACCCGUCCCUCGAUCUGGCGAUGUGAAUCCCCGGCACCGUCCUUCGCCACUUGUCUCCUCUUCAUUAGCAAUCCAGCGACUUUACCGCCUAGCGUCCCCUCCUCGCGACCCUGAGACUGUCAUGUUUAUGCUAAACAACCCGGGCCUUCAUCAUGUUCUAGCGACACUGGCAGCCAUCACAGAUGAUGAAUGGGACAUUCUAAUUUCUGGUCGAUUUGAUGGAUUUCUCCGUAGUGGUGUCGAGGAUGCGAUUCCCCCGAUCUCUAAUGGGCGAUGGAGCGGCAGUCGCUCCAACACCCCCUUCAGCACAGGCGGAAUUUCUCGCGGGGCAACGCCAAACAACCAUGCAGAUGGCGGCUUCCGGCCGGCCAGCCAACCUAAUGGGGGACCAUCUUCUCCCGCCUCCUUCGGUGGGCCGAUUACAUUAGAUGAGGAAACUGAGAUCGCUGCUUUGGCAGAAAUCGAGCGAGACAUCUUCCUUGGUAUGGAGGCAUUGGAAGAUGCCUUCGAAGCCCUACAUCUGAAAGCCGAGAUUGUUCGUCGAGCGUUACGUGAACGCGGUGCCGGGCUGUCCGUUGCCAAUCAGAGCCGACGAGGUUCUUACGUCGAGGCGCGCUUGGGAACACCAUUUUCUGGCAUUUGGGAAAGCGGUACAGAAGAUGAUUUCUUGGAUGACGACCGCUCUUUGGCCCCCGAUGAUUCGGCCAGCAACAUUAGCUCCAAUCGCCGGCGGCGCCCCAAGAGGCGAACCGAGCGCCGUACGCCCGCUCCAGUUGAAGAAGAAGACGAAGAAGAAACUCCAUCUCAUUCGGAUCGUCGUGAUGGGCGGAAUUCGCGGCGGAGGUGA